AUGAUCACAAGAACUAUGGAUCCCAUCCCUUUCCCAGACUCAAAUGAUACUGAUAGUGAUACUGAACAAUAUAACAACAAUGAUCAAACAUUAAAAUCAAGACCAAAUCAUCUUGGAAAAAAUUCAUCUACAUCAUCAAUAACAUCAAAUCAAUCAAAUCAAUCAUCAAUAACUCCCAUUUCUGAAAAACCUCAACCUAUCCCCCAUGAUAAAUUCUCUCAUUUAAACGAUUUCAAAUCAAAACAUGAAUAUUCAGAUUCCGGUAAUUAUCCAACAAUUCAUUAUAAAACAAAGAUAAAUCCAUAUAGAUUUAAAUUUAGACAAUUUUUAUUACCAUGGAUAAGAUCAGAAUCACCCAUUUUAUCCUCAAUACAAUCCAACAUUAGAACAAAUUUCUUAGAUUAUUUCUUUGCCUAUACGGCAAAUUUUGCAUCUCAUACAUUUUAUGUAUUAAUGUUACCAUUACCUAUUUGGUGUGGAUAUGGACGUGAAGCAAGAGAUUUAAUCUUUAUUAUAGGUUAUGGAAUUUAUUUCACUGGAUUCUUAAAAGAUUUUUGUUGUUUACCAAGACCAAGAUCUCCUCCAUUACAUAGAAUUACAUUAUCUGGGUAUACCGCUAAGGAAUAUGGAUUCCCUUCAUCUCAUAGUGCAAAUGCUACAGCGGUUUCAUUAUAUUUAUUAACCAAGAUUAUAAAUAAUUUUAAUGAAUUUAAUUCAAAAUGGACAUCAAUUUCUUUACUAAUUUCAUUAUUUAUUUAUUAUUUUUCUUUAAUCUUGGGAAGAAUUUAUUGUGGUAUGCAUGGUUUCAGUGAUCUUUUAGUUGGUUCAAUUAUUGGUACUACAGUUUUCCUCACAAGACAAUUAACAAGAGAUUGGUAUGAUUCAUUAAUCCUUCAAGAUUCAUGGUGGAUCCCUCUAGUAACAACUUUAAUAAAUUAUUCAUUAAUUUAUAUUCAUGUCACUCCAGUUGAUGAUUGUCCAUGUUUUGAUGAUUCUGUUGCAUUUAUUGGUGUUAUUAUCGGAUUAGAAUUUUCUCAUUGGAGUUUUAUUAAAAGUUCAUAUAGUUAUGGUGGUGUGGAAUAUGGUUUACAUUCAUUAGAUUUACCAUAUUCAUUAUCGGAAUUAGGUUUGUUGAAAACUAUUGGUCGAAUCUUUGUUGGUGUUAUAUUAGUUAUCAUUUGGAAAGAAAUUUCAAAACCUUUAUUAUUAUCAAUAUUAAAACCUUUUUAUAAUUUAAUCAUAUCGACAGAUAAAGAAAGUAUAACUUUUAAUAGAAUAAGAAGUGAUACCUUGGAGAAACGUGAAAAAUUUGAUGAUUUAUCAAAAGUUGUUAGAAAAUUAAGUCAUGGUGAAAAACCAAUAAAAAGAGAUACUGUGGGACCACAAUCAUCAAUUGAUUUAACAGAAUUAGAAGAAUUAAAAAAUCAUAAAGAUUAUUUUAAUGAAUUAGAUAAAUUACAAAAAUCAAAUAUCUUGUUUACAUGUGGUGCAUUCAAGAAAAGAUAUGACCUGGAAAUUUUGGUUAGAUUAAUUGUUUAUGCUGGAAUUCCAACUAUUGUUGUUAUUGGUUGUCCUCCUGUUUUUGCAAAAUUAGGGUUAUUUUAUAUACCCAAUGUUAUUGUAUGA